UCAGACUGUCCUAGUCUUCUUUUUCAAUUCACUCCCGGAAUCCCAUAUUAUUUGUCCAUUCAUCCCUGCCUUCCUUCCUUCCUUCCACAAUAAUUCCGCAGAUCAUCGAGGGAGUCUCUUGUUGUCUGUGCAAUGGGGAGCUCUAGUUACAGAGUUUGCGUGUGCUUUACGCGCAAGUUCAAGGUGGCAGAAGUGCAGCCACCGUCCGACGUUAAAGAAGCUUUCAAGGAGUAUGCAGAAGGAGGGACCCACAUGAACGCCGAGCAACUCCGGCGCUUCUUGGUGGAGGUCCAGGGCGAGACUGAGGCCACUUUGGCCCAUGCGGAGGCAGCCUUGCAGCAGAUCCUCCAGAAGAGGCACCACAUUACUAAGUUCACUCGCCACGCUCUCACUUCUGAUGAUUUCUUUCACUUCCUCUUCAGCGUUGACCUUAACCCGCCAAUUCGCUACAAGGUUCACCAUGAUAUGACUGCUCCUCUGUCCCAUUAUUUUAUAUUCACUGGGCAUAAUUCUUACUUGACUGGAAACCAACUGACCAGCGAUUGCAGCGACGUCCCAAUUAUUAAGGCAUUGGAAAAAGGCGUGCGGGUAAUAGAACUUGAUAUAUGGCCGAAUUCUUCAAAGGAUGAUGUGCACGUUCUCCAUGGAAGGACGGUUACGACGCCUGUGGAACUCAUAAGAUGUUUAAAGUCAAUAAAAGAGCAUGCAUUCUCAGCUUCUCCAUACCCUGUUGUAAUAACACUUGAAGAUCACCUUCCAGCUAACCUUCAAGCCAAAGUUGCUCAGAUGCUUACUGAAACAUUUGGAGAAAUACUCUUCUGUCCUGAAUCAGAAUCCUUAAAAGAAUUUCCUUCACCAGAAGAUUUGAAAUAUCGUGUUAUUAUUUCAACUAAACCUCCAAAAGAGUACCUUGAAGCUAAAAGGCUUGCUGACAAACAAAAUUCACAAAAAGAAAGGGAUUCUGAUGACGAUGGAUGGGGAAAAGAGCCUUCAAGCACUGAAGCUGCAGCUGACGAAGAAGAUGAUGACAAGAUUGACAAUGGUGGGAGUGAUCGUAACCAGGACGAUGAAGAUGAUGACGACUCUGAUGACAAACCACACCAAGCACCAGUUUACAAGAGUCUAAUUGCUAUUCAUGCUGGCAAACCCAAAGGUGGAUUAGUGGAGGCACUGAGGGUAGAACCAGAUAAAGUGAGACGGUUGAGUUUGAGUGAACAGGCUCUUGAAAAGGCUGCCGAAUCUCAUGGAAUGGAUGUUGUGAGGUUCACCCAGAAAAAUAUUCUUAGGGUUUACCCUAAAGGUAUGCGAGUUACCUCCUCCAAUUACAAACCACUUCUUAGCUGGAUGCACGGAGCUCAGAUGGUUGCAUUUAACAUGCAGGGCUAUGGUCGAUCACUUUGGUUGAUGCAAGGGAUGUUCAAAGCGAAUGGAGGGUGUGGCUACGUUAAAAAGCCCGAUUUCUUGAUGAAAAUUGGUCCAAAUGGUCAGGUGUUUUAUCCUAAAGAAAAGCAGCCUGUGAAGACAACUUUGAAGGUUAAGGUCUACAUGGGAGAUGGAUGGCAUCUGGAUUUUAAGCAAACUCACUUUGAUAUGUAUUCUCCACCUGAUUUCUAUACUAGGGUUGGCAUAGCUGGAGUGCCAGCUGAUGUUGUCAUGAAGAAAACCAAGAAAAAGGAGGAUAACUGGACACCAAUUUGGGAAGAAGAAUUUACCUUCCCAUUGACUGUUCCCGAGCUAGCUCUGUUGCGAAUUGAAGUGCACGAGUAUGACAUGUCUGAGAAGGAUGAUUUUGCCGGCCAAACAUGUCUACCUGUCUCUGAAUUAAAGCCUGGGAUACAUGCAAUUCCUCUAUGUGAUCACAAAGGAGAGAAGUACAACUCUGUGAGGCUUUUGAUGCGCUUUGAGUUUGUAGAAUGUUGAAUUUUCUUUUUUCCCCCUUGGUGUCUGACGUUAUCGCGUGAUAUAGCCUUUUUUGUUUUCAUUUUUGUGAGCUGUUUCUGGAUUAGAGUUCUUUUGUUUCUGUGUUUGUAUGUAGUUAUUUUAGGUAUCAAGUGUUAAGUGCUGUAUCUGUGUUUAUGGCGGCUUGUACAUAGGCUCGUAGAAAAAUGGUUCUGUUCUGUAUUGAUAACGAUAACUUAAUAAUGCAUUGAUUAUAAUCUUUGAGUACCAUUUUUGUCA